AUGACUGUUAAGCUAGUGGUUGGUAGUUUCACAUUGAACGUGAUUAGUGCAUACGUACCCCAAAUGGGCUUGGGUGAGGAGGCCAGAUCGCACUUCUGUCAGGAUUUGGACGAGGUGGUGCGAGGUGUCCCCCUUACCGAGAAGCUGUUCAUAGGAGGUAAUUUUAAUAGCCACAUUGGGAAAGAUGCUAGGGGCUUUAAUAAGGUGCAUGUUGGAUUCAAUUUUGGAGGUAGGAACGAGGAAGGAACCUCGUUGUUGGAGUUCGCUAAAGCUUUUUAUCUAUUGAUAACUAACAUGAAGUUUGAUAAAGGCAUGUGCACUAAUUGCGAGGUUAUCCCGAGCGAGUUCCUAUCGACACAACAUAUGCUCUUAGCAAUGGACUUGGAGAUUAAGAGAAAGAGAAAGAGAAAUAAGAGAGCAGUGUACGGCAAACCUAAGAUCAAGUGGGGAGCCUUGACUAGAAACAAAGCUCAUGAGUUGGGGGAGAAGUUUGUGGAUAUGGAGUCUUGGAAGAGUAGCGGGGACGUGAGUAAUGUGUGGACCACCACAUCAAACUGUAUUAGGAAGCGGCUAGAGAGGUGUUAG